UGUAACCAGUGUUGGGGGCUGGGCCGGAAUCUGGACGCCUCACAACCCAGACUGCAAUGUUCACUUCCAAGCUGAGUUUAGUGAUGCUUUCUUAUUCCUGCUUUAUACCAUUUAGCAGAACAAGUGUUUAGCAAGAAAAUGUUAUUUCCUAAAUGGUUUUAGGGCGUGUAAAUCCUAUCGUCUUCACGUCUAUCUUCAUUUCUCUGGAGUCUAUGGCCCCUGCCAUAGCUUGGCGGCUUCCUUCUGCAUUCUAGCUUGUGGCCUGGUUGCUCUGCGUACACUGGAUUAUAUGAACCCUUUGGGUUUAGAGAUGGGUCAGGACCAAACCAAACAGCAAAUCCAGAAAGGACUACAGCUCUAUCAGACUAACCAGACAGAGAAAGCUCUGCAGGUUUGGACUAAAGUAUUGGAGAAGACCACUGAUGCCGCUGGCCGGUUCAGGGUCUUGGGCUGCCUAAUCACAGCCCAUUCGGAGAUGGGAAGGUAUAAGGAUAUGCUGAAGUUUGCAGUUAUCCAAAUUGACACAGCCCGAGAACUGGAGGACCCUGACUAUCUUACAGAGAGCUACCUUAACCUGGCCCGAAGCAAUGAGAAACUGUGUGAGUUCCAGAAGACCAUUUCAUACUGCAAAACCUGCCUGAACAUGCAAGGAACAUCUGUCAGCCUGCAGCUGAAUGGUCAGGUCUGCCUCAGCCUUGGCAAUGCUUAUCUCGGCCUAAGUGUCUUCCAGAAGGCACUAGAGUGCUUUGAAAAGGCUCUGAGAUAUGCUCACAACAAUGAUGACAAGAUGCUGGAGUGCAGGGUCUGCUGCAGCCUGGGAGGUCUCUACACGCAGCUGAAGGACUUUGAAAAAGCUCUUUUCUUUCCAUGUAAAGCGGCAGAGCUGGUGAAUGACUAUGGAAAGGGUUGGAGUCUAAAAUACAGAGCGAUGAGUCAGUACCAUAUGGCUUUCGCAUACCGUAAGCUGGGCCGGUUGUCUGAUGCAAUGGAGUGUUGUGAGGAGUCCAUGAAGAUAGCUCUGCAGCAUGGUGACCGCCCCCUUCAAGCUCUUUGUUUGUUGUGUUUUGCUGACAUUCACAGAAGUCAUGGGGAUAUUGAGAAAGCAAUUCCUCGCUACGACUCAUCUAUGAGCAUUAUGACCGAAAUUGGGAACCGUCUUGGCCAGACCAAUGUGCUACUGGGAGUGUCAAAGUGCUGGCUUCACCAGAAGGAAAUGGAUAAGGCACUGGAUGGACUCCAGAAAGCCCAGGAACUGGCAGAAGAAAUAGGCAACAAGCUCCUUCUACUGAAGGUUCAUUGUCUCAGCGAGAUCAUUUACCGCACAAAGCAGCAGCAGCGAGAACUCCGCGCCCAUGUUGUUCGGUUCCACGAGUGUGUGGAGGAGAUGGAGCUAUACUGCGGCAUGUGUGGGGAAUCAAUCGGGGAAAAGAACAGUCAGCUCCAGGCGCUGCCCUGUUCUCACGUCUUCCAUCUGCGAUGUCUACAGACCAAUGGGUCCCGUGGUUGCCCAAAUUGCCGUCGGUCUUCAGUAAAACCUGGCUUCGUGUGAGCAAGAGGGGAUUGUGGCAGAACGUCUCAUGAUAUAUAUUCCAGGACCAGAUGGUGGAGGGCAGCUGGACGUACCUGUCUAGUGUUCAGCCUUUGCCUUUUUGGCACGGAGUCUCAUGGUGUCACGGUUCAUUACAUUACCUGCCUCUCAUACAUUGUUUGGCAAUGAAGCUAGGUCAGGAAGCAUGUAAUACAAGUGUUAACAGGGCCUGUUUUUCAGAUGUUAUUUUUUAUCUUUAUUUUUUAUUUCAUGGGGCUUACUCAAGUCCAGUUUAUGUACUAUCAGGAGAAAAAUACACUGACUCUAAAAACUGCCGUCCAAUGCACAAAUAAGAUACUAAGUGCAACCGACUUAAUAUUUUCCCUUGUUUGUAACCAGAGUCACUUCCUACAGUUUUUAUAUUGAUACAUCUUUUUUUACUGAUCUCAUUAGCUCUACUAGGCUGCUGUUCCAUGAUUUCUACAUUCAGCAAAUCAUUUUUUCCAAGGUUCCUUUCAUUGUAUUUAUACGGCAUGUCUUUUUCUGAUAUUUUACUAUAGUCUGUAAAAAGCAAUAUUUCCAUCCCUUAUUUAUAUCCAAUGUGUUUCAAGUGCCUGUUGUUAGAUCUGAUUUGUUUCUACCUCCUCGCCAGCAUGAAAUAUUUCACUGUAAUCCUUCUGGACCAUCACAGCAGUAUAUAUAUUUAGCCCUUUUGCAAUUUGCUUAUAACUGUUUUGACAAGAACACAACAAUAAUUGGGUAGAAUGGGAAAUAAUAAUGCUUGGGUUGGUUUAUAUCUUUUUUAUUUUUUUUCUUUUGCAAUGAUAAAUGUUUGAUUAAAUUUUGCUCAUAUGUAGAAUUAAUUAUGAAAGGGAAGAUUAAAAACGUCUUAGAAAAUAAAACCUUUGAAUGUUGAAAAUAAACAAUCAGGAAAAGCAUUCACUAUA